UUAUCGAUAUACGCGCUUUGUAUAUAUACACCGGUUUAGAGUGUUGCAUUCAAGUGUGGAUUUAACAGUUUCGCUGCACUCUGCUCGCAGCACAUAUUGACAUUUGUGAUUUGGAUAUUUCUUUUUUAGCGGUGAUACACUAUAGCAUGGCAAUGGGGAGUUGUUACACAUGUAUCCGUUAUUUGAUGUUCGCCUUCAACUUCCUCUUUUGGUUGUUGGGCUGCGCCAUCCUCGGUGUGGGCAUCUGGGUUCGAGUGGAUGAGAACUUCGGCAAAUAUGUUAACAACAGCGACCACUUCGACUUUCUUUACACAGGGGCGUAUUUAUUCAUAGUAGCGGGUAUUCUGAUCAUGGUCGUGGGGUUCCUCGGAUGUUGUGGCGCGAUCAGAGAGAACCAAUGCAUGCUGGGACUGUUUUUCGCUCUUCUGUUCAUCAUCUUCGUAAUUCUGCUGGGUUCCGGAAUCUGGGCCGUUGUCGCAAAAGAGCAGGUUAAAGAUAUCGUCAAUAAGGCUCUACAGGACGGGGUAGACCACUAUUUCGACCAAAACUCCUCGUCUAAGGAAUUCAUGGACAUAGUCCAAACAGACUUCCAAUGUUGUGGAGCGACGAAGGGGGCGGAAGAUUAUGGCAUUAAGUUUACCAUGGUACCCACUUGUGAGGGUCUCAUCAAACCAUGCAACAACGAGCUGUUUAACUUUGUGAAGGAAAACCUUGUCAUUAUCGCCGGCGUCUCCAUUGGUAUCGCCGUCAUUCUGAUCCUGGGUAUGAUCUUCUCCAUGAUCCUAUGCUGUGCUCUCCGGGACUCUCAGGUAUAAACCUGCGACCAUCAGGUUGACUAGACAUUAUUUAGCCUUAUAUUGCAAUUUAAUCACGAAGCAGGGAUAAUUAGAGAAAAAACGUCACACACGUACCUUUGGACUGUUGAAUAUCUGGGCCUCCACGACAACGCGAAGGAAUACACAAGAGUGCGUCAGUCAGUCGGCGGAUGAAUAUUUUUAAAGAAAAUAGUGCUUUUAUAUGCCGUGUUUGUUAUGACUCGAAGAUUCACAGAGAAUACCUUACUAUAAGAAAACUUUAAUCAUAGACUCAAAUUAUGGUCGUGUUUGCUGAAGAUGGUCCUUAAUUUGUUCGUUUAGAUAUACCAUAUGCAAGUACCAUCUCUGCUUUGGACGACAACUCUUAAGAAUCUUUUUCAAGAAUAAGUUUAAUAAUUAUUGUGUUUUAUUUGAUUGUACACCUUCUCAUUUUAAACUCGUUCACUUUUUAAGAUAUUUUUGACAUAAACUAAUUGUGGUGUUUGACAUUAAUUUUUUAAUAGGCUCAUUUCAUUAUCCGCGUGCAUUAUUAGAUAUUGCUUGAAGUGACAUAAACCGUAUUUUGUUUGAAUCUUGCCAAGUUGUGGUCUCUGUUUUUUUUCUUAGAAUAGAUUUUAAAUAUGAUUUAAAUGCAAAAUAAUUGCAAAUUUUAAUUAUUAUCUGAAUUAUUAAUUUUAGGCCGAAAUGUUCUGGCAGCUUAAAUGUUGUUCUGUUUCACAUGUUAGUUACUGUAAUGUAGAUAUGAAUAGUUUUAUCUUAGUUUGAUUUUCUUUCUUAAUGCAAUGGAGUACGUGUUCACGAGGUGCUUUCGUUAUAUAUUCGUUAUAUAUUGUUGUAGUAUUUACUGCAAACGUUUGAUUCUACUUACAAAUCAUUAAUUAUCAAGAUAAAUCUGUGUAGUAAGAAACGUGUUAAUACGUAAAUAGUCAUUAUCACAUUGAGGUUACAUAAGUUCUUUUUCUUUGUUUUUCACCUGUGGGAUUUAGUGUAAGACGUUAACGCACAACAAAUUAUUGGUAAAAUAACGUAAAAACAAACCAUUUGUAUGGUUUUUGAGAAAAGAGCAGGUACAUUAAGUAAAAUAUACAUGACAUCUGUGUAUUAUCUUUAAUUUGACAUCUUAAAUUUUGCAAUAGCCUAAAUCAAGUGUCUGGUGUAACGAUUUCACAUGUAAUAUUUCUCACCUGUCAACUUAUAUUUUAGUUUUAAAUUGCGGCUUGGGUUGUAUGCGUUAAUUAAUACAAAAAAAAACAUUUUAUAUUAUUUAUUUGUAUUUUCAUGAACAUUUAUUUUAUCUUAAAAUAACCAUUUUUAAAAAAAAAUAUGUAUCACAGUUUCAUUGUAAAUUCCCAUUAUGGUCACUUUUCUGUAUAUUAUUAGUUUAGUUUUCAAAAGAGAGAUCUAUUUUUUCUUACUUUUAACUAAAUCAUGAGUCCCUUGCUUUGAAUUGGUAUGGUCAACUGUCUAAAUUUCUAUUAAUCCGGUUGUUACAAGCUUAGGAGGCAGUGUCAGUCAGAGGUCGGGAUUAUUUCAUUAUAUCUUCACCUUAGUACAAGAACUCACUAUCUGCUUCAAUUUACAUCUGCAGUUAUUGAGUUAUGGCACUUCUCAGCACUAGAGUAUAUAAUUAUAUGAUAAAAAUCGGUAACAUGUAUACAUGACACUGCCGCCUGUGGUUAUAAGUGAACAAAGCGAACUGAUUUCAACUUUGCCUUUGGUGUUGUUUUGAUUCACUGUAUAGAAGUGUUAAGGUCUAAAUUAAUGUCUGUUUUUCUAUAAAGAGAGUCGAUGUAUUCUAGUGAUUUUCAAAAGUGUUUAUUAAUUUUUGUCCUUUUCAUAAAUGAUUCUAAAUGCGAUUUUAAAACUUCACUUUUUUCAGCGUUUUGCUUUCAUUUAGCUUUGAUUUAAACCAUAUUUAUUUCAAUAAAAUGUUUCAAAGAUAUAGCGUUUAGACAUGUCAAACGAAUUACUGUGGUAAAAUACGUGAAAAAUAAGAGUGAUAUAUGUUCAAAGCAAAAGAAUAUCGACAGGAUUAAAAAGGAUGCUAAACUAUACUAUGUCUGGACUUGGUAAAUAAUUUUGCUUAACAGCAAGAAACAAACGCGUAUAACAACAUAAUUUGAAAUAAUAAAAUCAUGCUUUUUAACGCCCAUAAUUGUAUGUAUUCGAAACCAGUUAAUUGAGUGGUCUGUCUUAAAGUCGCUUCUAGGAUGUAUUUUAUGAAAUAAGGGUUACUAUUGAUUUACGUUUAAAAUAGAUAAAUAAUAGGUACUGUAUGAAUAUUGUGAUGCUUAGAACAAAGUAUAAUAGUAGAAUGUAGACCUUAAAAUGUUUGAUAAAAUUUUGAUAUUGAUAAGAAUAAUAUAAAUUGUGUUGUAUAUCUUUUUUUCUUAAAAAAUAGCCUAAAAAUCAGAGAAAAUAGCCUAAAGAACAAAACAUUAAAGUUCUGUUCUAAAGAAAAUGAUUUUUGCAAACAAAACUAUAUUUAUUUGAAGUAGGCCUAUUACAUCAAAAUGCACAGAACUCCAGAUAUGUUACCAUUUAUUGUCAAACAAAUACAUACAGCUAUAUUUGUUAUAUACAUAUUACCAACGGGGUUUGAAAUUAGCACUUGCGUCCUAAAUUCCCCAUCAAACAUUUCUUGACUUGGUUAACAAGGGAUAUAAAUACUAGUACCAUUUACAUGGUCGGAAUUUCACGGAAUGAGUUACUUUAUGCAAUACAAGUUAUCAGAAAUAACCUCGCAAUAGAAAAACCAUUGUUAAUUUCAAACUCCGAGCGCCGCUAUAAGUGUUUUAUAUACAAUUAUGUACAUUGUACCUUUUUAUACUUGUAUUUUUAUGUGUGUUUAGUGUACAAAAAUGUCUAAAUAAAUGUUCAACGAACAAA